CCGCGCUCGCUGAACAGUUUGCACAGCCGCCAGCAAUGUUGCAAAUGUCAGUACUUAUUUGCGUAUAAAGGUGUAAAACGUACGUGUAUACGUAUAAAAGUUUGCCAAUAAUUGCGAGAUCCCUCAUCCUGCGUCUAUCAGCUUCCCUUCGUCGAUUCGCUAUAAUAUCCGAUUUUGUGCACGAUGAGGGCGGUUUUUACGAUACUUGCAAUUUUUCUUGUACAAUGCGCGUAUUUACGUGCCGAGUCUAAACCGGGAAUGAUCGUGGAGGGUAUAGGCAAAGUUUUAAACCCAGAUUCCUGUAUCCUCGGCGUUAAAUCGGUAUCGGUGUUUCUGUACAACAGUAAAUUCGAAGGCAAAAAUAUUAGCACAAAGGAGAUCUGCGAUAAUAUCGACUCAUCGCAACAGGUCGCCUUUGUAACCCAUGGCUUUCUCAGUUCUGGAAACACGACUAGUUUCCGAGAGCUGUCCUCACAAUUGGAACAGAAAGGCUACACGGUAUUUGCGAUGGAUUGGUCUCAAGGAGCCUGUACUGAUGGGAUACCUAUUAUCAAGUUCGCGGGAUAUCCCGCGGCAGUAAAGAACACUCAUGAGAUGGGUCAACUCAUAGCAAGCUAUAUAGAGUGCAUGGUCAAGGACUGUGGUGUUCCGUUAGAAAACAUCAUACUCAUCGGCCACAGUCUUGGCGCGCACAUAAGCGGCUUUGCCGGAAAAGAGGUAGACAAAAAGGGCCUGGGCAAGAUAAAGCAGAUCAUUGCCGCCGAUCCCGCAAAGCCAUUGUUCGGUAGGAACAAAUGUGAGGAUAGGUUGUGUGAGUCGGAUGCCAAGUGUGUAAUAGUUCUUCACACGUCGCCUCUCGGGAUAUCGAAACCUAUAGGUUUCCUGAACUUACAGUUCGGUGAAGGACUUAUACAACCAGGAUGUGGCGUGGACGUCAGUUGCUCACACAGCCGAUCUAUCAGUUAUUUAACCAAUUUGUUGAAAGAUAAUUGCACAUUCCCUGGUGUUCCUAUGAAGAAAAAGCGAUUACCAUUCCAAAGCUCACCUCCUUAUCCUAGUUCUAACACAACGGAUUGUAUUGCCAUAAACCACAAUAAUAUAUUGGAUGCCAGUUGUCCCAUAAAGGGACAAUUCUACGUAUUCGUUGAAAAGGAUCCCUUCUGUACACAGAAAACUUUCAACUGCCAGUACCAAUAACAGCAGUAUAUUUAAUUUGAAAUGUCAAUCUCAUUCUGAUAUAAAUAAAAUUUUACAAUGAA